GGAACAAGAAAAGUUCCACAUCCAAAUGAUAUAAUUUCUUCAAAUUUCAACUCUGAAUGUAUAUGGAAGUGCUAUAGGAUAUGCAAGAUUCAUCACAGAUGUAAAGCUUGUUUGCUCUUGUGGACUUCCUUUGGUAAUUUGACAUUUUGGUCAUUUGUCUGUUCCUCUUUGGUUUGAACAGCACAUGCUAAUUGACAGAAGGGGCUUCUUAGCUGCUUUGAACUGAAAGCACUGACUUCCAUUGCUGAUCUGUUGUAGUUUGCCAUGUUCCCUUUCUGGGAGCAAAGCGUAGGUUUUAUGUCAUUAGUAAUACAAUGAACUGAAAUACACAGCAUGUUCAAGGUUACCGUGUCUAUCUAAAUCUUUUGUGAAAGGGAUUGGACAAAUUCGUUUUUGCAACAAUGGAAUGUACAAAUUCCACAUCUACAGAGUGAUGUUAAUUAAUUCAAUGUAUGACUACCUGGGUAAUACAUCUGGGUGAAAAUACCAUGACUUCUUGAAUGAUCUGGAUGAUGUUGGAUAUGAAUAUUGCAUCUGUGUUUUUUUGUUUCUUUGUUUUUUGUAAAAUAAACAACAUGAUACAAUGAGCAGAUUAAAAGUAGUAAGGUGUAUAAAAUAUGCUGCAGAUUUGCACUAAAACCUUAUCAAACAUGUAAUUUUAACAUCAGGACAAUAUUGGCAUGUUUAAUAUCUCUUACAGUUCCUGUAAGUAAUUUAAGGAUUUCUAUUGUUUUGAAAGAAGUUUGAACCCAACCUUUCAUAGAGAUUGUAUUUACAGAUAGCCCUACAUUUGCGCUAUCUUACUUAAUCUUCAGUCAUGUAAGGGAGUCUUUCUUUAAAGAAUACAGCAGGGAAACAAAACGUGGUUGGGGAGAGUGUCAACUCUGUUUAAAGACACUUUAUUUAAACAAGCUUCAACAACUAUUCUAAUUAUGUUUCUUGUUCAUUAUGUUAUGAUGUUGUCAUGGUAAGAGGGUGCUUUUAUUUUUAUUUAUUUCUUUUCUAAUUCCACUGUGUGUGGCAUCACCACAGGAGAGAAAAAUAAUGAGCUGUUUUGUCUUCCUCUCCCUCCCUCCGUUGUUCCCAAACAGCAUCACAAGUGUGGCGAGACUCUUGUUACAUAUCCACUCACUGGGUUAUGUUGUCACUUAUUGUUGUGAAAUAGUUAUGAUUCUACAGCGGCCAUUGGCCAGAGCUGGACUUUAAAUCACUUUAUGGUUUUGUACAAAAUAAUGAUCUGUUCGGUAGAUGUAAAGUCACAGUCACUGAGUUGUUUUGUUUUUCUUAAUAUUUGCUUGAUGUGAAGUUUCAUAUGUGAUGUUUGUAUUCAGGGCUUGACAGGUUCAUUUUGGGCAGGAGGAGGUGGACUUCCUAUGUAGAAAACAAUCAAAUGCAUAAAGAGCAAAAAAAAAGAAUGAUUUUAGACAUGUACAAAUGCAACACCUCUCAUAAUAGUCUGUUAUUUGGUACUGGUUUCAUUUUGUAUUUAUUCACCUUUCACAUGCAUGAAUCUGUCUCAGCUGGUUUGGCUUGGCUUGCUGAAUGAACUUGUCUCCUGAAGCAAUAAACUGAUUUGUACAUAAACUUUUCAAGAUAAUCCACACUAUGACACUGCUGCUGCUGCUGCUGCUGCUGCUGAUACUUUGGUGAUAAUUCCAGUCCUGCAUACAUAAAAGAAACGAUAGAUAGAAACAUUAGAAGAAACAAUAGAUCGAACAUUACAUAGAAAUUGCAAAUAUAAUCCGAGACCAUUUGACCUGCUGUGGGAGCAUGCCAGUAAGGCCAUUCAUUUUCCAUCCCCAAAUCAAGCACAUAUAUACACUACUAGUGAGUGUUCAUUAAGUUAGCUAAGAGGCCAUUUGGUAUAUGAUGUAUGGAAAUGUAUGUAUACAAACUUCUUGCAAAGAGUUCCAAGUGAAUUGUGGUUAGUCCCUUCAUUAUCCAUUUGCCACUGCCUUUCUAUGGUACUUUGUGGUAAAGGUAUUUCAGGAGAUGUUCUUACAUGGGUCUAUAUAGUCAUGCUGAUAAAAAGUAAUUAUCAAUGCUCAGAAAAAAAAUAUAUAUAUAAUUCUGCUCAUAAAUUAAGAUGUACAGGUGUUCUGCAAUGUGUAAGACAGAAGUAUCCAUGUGCCAAAUGCAUUAUCUUCAAUUAUGAAAAUGUGUUGACAGGGUGUGACAAUUCGUAUUGUCUUACACUUAAAGUAGAAACUAAUUUGGUUCUUUGUGCGGUGGCUACAUAUUAUUAACAUUAAUUAAGGUGACAAAUUACCAACUGUGGAUUAUUUGAAUUUAUGUUGUCUUUUCUGAAAGGAUGAUUCUUUGUUCAGAGCUUAUGCAAGUCUUUCAUUCAUGCAGCAAUAAACCUCCAAACUCAUAAACUUUUCAUAACAAUACCCCUGGGAAGAAAUUAGAUUCAAAUUUUAACAGUAACUUGUAAAGAUGUGUUUUAUUAACUAUUAUACUCACUCUGUGGGUCCAAUAAAAUUGUUUUAAAAGAAUUAUAUUUACGGUUUGCUGCUAUUCCCACCAUUUACUUGUGAAAAUAUCGGGCAUAUUAGCUCAAAACGACUAUUAAAACUAUGUUCAUGAGAAACUUGUUAAAAAUGCAUGGUCUAACGCAGGACAUGUUUACUACUUGGCGUCUUCGUCCUCUUGUAGUGGCCCAUAGGAGGCCUAUACUUUGAACGCAAUAUUGUUUCGAGCGCUCUGGGGAAGGUUAAAUCGAUUUUGUCGCUUAGUCUGUCUAACUAGGUUCCAUUAUUUUGAAACAAGUAGAACGAAUGCGCAUGCGCAGUGCCGGUCACUGGAUGUGGAGGAUGCUCUCACCUCAGGUGUACCGUCCGAUUGACAGAAAAACAAUGAUGGCGACCGCUGCCGAGGAAAUCAACCAGAGCUGUCCUCUCUCUGACAAUAACAGCACGUCUGUCUCUUUCAAAAUUGCCAGAAAAAAUCAGGACAGACCCUGGAAGUUGAGGUUUAUUUAUCUACAAUGCUAUUUUCUAUCUAUUGCAACUAUACUGGGGACAGGCAUCUUGGGUCUGCCAGUGUCAAUAGCACAAGCAGGAUUGCUGCCAUUCCUGGUGUCCUUCAUCAUUGGGUUCUUUAUGCAGGCUCUGCUCAUAUAUCUGUUUGUGGACUUGCUGCAACGAUGCAGGGUUAACCAGAUGGAAUCGUUCAAGACUACAGAGACUGAAAGGAUUUUAAUGGAAGAUGUCAGUGCACAGGAUUCUCCUGAGGUCUGCCCUGAAGAAGUGGAGGAAGGGGAUGAGGGAGAGGAGGCUGACACUGGCCUCCUACACAGACACUCCACAGCCCAAGAGCUGCAUGAGAAGCUGGAACCCAAUCUUCACAUCAUGGGUGUCCUCUUUCUCAGCAAGAACAUGAGUCGCUCCUUCAACUUCAUCCUCCUCUUUCAGUUCAUUUCUAUUGGAAUCAGCUAUGUCCUGGCAGGCAGUGAGGCCUACGCUGCUCUCUUUCACAUCAGCCACAUCUACGUCAUCCCGGCCUUCACGUGGAUACUGGCUCUGGGAAUCGUACUGGCUCAGUUUGUCAUCCAGCCAAUCACAUCACUGCUGACGCUGCUGAAAGGAAUCCUGCUCAUCAUCACUGUGGCGGUGACAUUUGUGGUGGGUUCAGAAGUUCACCAGGAGACCACGAACGACUUCAGCCAAAUUGGGAAGCCUUUCCUGAUGGGGACCGUUGCGCUGGGUGGGAUUGUCAACGUAAUGCCAUUCCUCUUCUCGGAAAUAUCUCAUAACAAGACACAGAUUCUGUGGUUCCGAAGAAUGAUACUGGGAGGCCUAACAACAUGUACUGUUCUAAAUAUAUUGUGGUGCUGGGCAGUGCUGGAGAUCGUUCCUCAGAUGUCAGUGCGCAGUGUGGAGGAAGGAGGAGAAUUCAACUCCAGCGGCAUCCUGACGCAGACACGGGGUCUACCGGCAACACACACAUUUAUCUACUCCAACAUCUCUCUGGAGGAAUCAGGAAAGGCUGGAGAGAUUGCUACCAUACCUCUAACUAAGAUCAUUAUGCAGAAGUACCAACGCUUCUCCUGGGUGGCCAACCUGAUCCAGAUCUUCAUCGCCAUCAGCAUAACGGUGUCAUUCCUCGUGAUGGGAUCGGCAAUGAAGCACACAAUCGAGGGGCUCGUAAGCUCACAGUGGGACUUCAAGACGGAGUGGCUGUCUAAAAUCAAGUGGACAAUACCGCAGUCUCUGCAGAGGCACAAUACCAAAGGUUUAUCCAGUGGCUUUGCGUGCUUCCUAGCAUUUGGAGUCAUUUUCAUCGUGUCCGCGUGUGAUCCCAAGGGAUUUGUGGUGAUGCUCGACAAGGUGGUGUCCUUCUCUCUGAAUAUGGAAGUUGGCCUGUUUAUCUUUACAAUGCUGCGGACGUCCAGAUCAGAACGCUUCAAACACCUGACCGUGCCCCUGCCCUCAGCCGAACUGCUCUUCCACCUGCACUGGCUCCUGCCCGUCUACUUCCUGUUCGCCGUGGGCUAUGACGUCAUGCAGAGCGUGUUCGAGAUCGCCUGGAGCCUAUCCCACUCCCGCCCCGGCCCCGGCCCCGGCCCCGGCCCCCAGCUGCACCCGAACCCCACCAACUCCUCAUUGCUUUAAGGGAAAACCACAGCGAUCCUCCACUCUCACACUGCAAGCCUCUCCAGAGGACCGGCGUGCACUUAGCUGAGUGGGAGACCCGUGGCACCAUCGCCGUCUUCCUCAGACUCCUCAGGGAUGAACUGAAGGCCAAAAAUAAAAGAUGAAUCACAGCGGCUCCUGACCCCCCGGUAGCCACUCGGAAGUUAGGAUGCCAUCUGCGGGCUUCCUUGAAAGCACAAUGAAACAGAAUGAUUGACCAUAAGGACUGGCACGGAGGGGAGGAAAAGAAAAGCCAGCACUGUGUGGAUGUGACAAAGGUGUUGUUCUACUGUGUGUGUGUGUGUGUGUGUGUGUGUGUGUGUGUGUCUGUGUGUCGGUGCAGAUGUGAUGGGGGUCCUUUUGAAGCAUGCUCCUCCUGGUGCACUCACUGCAUGUAUGGCGGUUCCCUGGAAUGUGUCUCAUAUGGCUUCUCCUCAGCUGCAUCUGCCCUUUCAGCCCGCUUCAAAAGACUUAUAUUGAACCCAAAUGUAUAAUAUUUCAGUAUAGAUAUUUGCUUUCCAAUCCAGCCUUAAUUAUAUGCUCGAGGCCUUUAAUGGUCAAGCCAUAUGGUCCGUUGGAAUGGAACAAUUUCAGGAUGGAAGAAUUCAGAUUGAAGGGCUGUCCUAUUCUGUAUUUUACUGGAAGAGAAAGAGAGAGAGAGAGAGAAAUCUAUGAAUACAAUUAGAGGUGUAUUCUUCCUCUGAGUCAUAAAGUACUGUAUAUACUCCAAAGGCAAUAAUGUAGGAUAACUAGUUUUCUCAGUUGGCCACCAUAUGAACUUCAUAAAAAAAAACUAGAUAUGCGAAUUAAUAGAAAAUGUGAAUGUGCUGCAGCAGCAGUCGGCCAUUGCGUACCAUAACCUAUUGAGCUCCAUGGGUGCUAACACUGUGUGCCCUACGAAAGAAAGUUUUGACCCUCCUACCACCUGUUGGAUGAGCAAUAAAUAUCAUCUAACAAGGCGCAGGGCAGCGAUUCUAGAACAUCACUGACCCACUGAUAUUCUGGCACACAUAGGUAAACAACACACACACUCUGCUAUUCAAAUAUGUAUGUCAGUGUUCAAAAUGAGUUGAUGGUCUUCAUUCAUUACGUGCAAUGCACCUUAUUGAGAUCUAGGAAGAACUCCUCUAAACGUGUGUUGUGUUUGCCUUCUCUCCACAGCAAGAGAUGGCAAUCAAGACUCUUUUCAUUAGUGGUACCCCGGUGGUGGUAUGACCCUACCUAGUGCUAUCCAAUCAAGUGGCAGCCCUGUUAGCUCAAGGAGUAUUACAAAGCAUUUAACCCCUAUGGUGUCUGAGACCUGUCAGGAACCUUUGAGGUAGUUUGACAUGCCUUGACAUUUUUAUUAUUUCUCCCUCAUGUGAAAAUAUUGAUCCCAAAGUGCUACAUAUGCUAUUAUUUAGCACAGACUCAACAGCAACAUUAAUCUGAGGGCAUUAAAACUGUCAUUACUAUAAUGUUUUAUUAAAUCAGCUGUAAACACACAAUUUGCCAAGACUUCUGAGCUCUGAUCAUUGUAGACACGAGUGUCCGCUACAGAGAGGUAAUUAAAGCAUUCAUCAGUUUCAUGUAGUUUGGUAACGAAAAGUCUAUAAGUCUGGAGUGACACUGUUUCUUUUGAAAGUGGGUGACCUAUAUCAUGCAUAUGGAUGAGAUAAUCCUUUUCAUGUAAAAUGCUGUAGUCAAAAAUCCAAAUAUACAAUGGGUCAAAUUAUAAUGUAUAGUAGAUGCAAUCACAUUGCUUUCCUGGAAUAAUGCCAUAUCAAAAUAAACAGUAAAAGUUGUCAGUCCACGGAAUGGGAUUUAUUAUAAUGAUAAUGUAGAGAGAAAGUUGGCUCACAAUUAUAAUGAGUCGCUUUGGUCUGAUAUUGCUGACUGCAACAUGUAGGUUAAGGUAACACCUCAUACAGGUUUAUGAUAUGCUGCACUAACUAAGCAAAACUAAAAGCAGACUACUCGAAAUGCUACAUGCUAACUGUACACAACCAUGCACUACCUAUGCCCCGCAACAGAAUGCACAUGCACACACACACACAAUGUUGCUGUAUAACUUUUCACCUUAUGCACAGUGCACACAGUAGGUCUCUCCAUCAUAAUUCAGUUACAGCAAACAUAGGCGAAAAAAAGAUUUCCUUCUAUCUUUCACCUGGGUUAUUUAAAUUGAUCUUGUGUUGGCUUGGCUGUCCAUAUGUUUAUAUAUCUUUAUGUCAUAGUCUCUUUGCAUCAGGACCACUAACUUGUUACAUUCUUCUGUGAGGUGUAUGUGUAUUCUGAGAGCAGCAAGCUCGUUGCUUUCCUACACGAAACGCCUAAACUUUUCACGCAGGUCACUUGCGCUAGCAGCCGCCGUAUCACCUCCGUCCCCCUAUGUGUUAGCUCCGGGUGUCUCCGCUGUGUUUUCGUUGUUAUUCUGAUUCAGCAAGUUAGCACAUAAUGGACUUUGCUUUCUGUUUAACAUAUUUUCCCGACUUAAUGCCGAUAUUUUAAUCAAGUGUAAUCAUGAUGUCAAAGCAAAAAACGUACUAUGGAUGUUUUGUCCUGUAACGCUGGCUGAUCUUGGCACUGCAGAAUAACGAAGAGAGUGAUCUGUCUUGAGACGUGAAGAAGUUGAACGUGAAAAGGUGGUGGCUAUGUAUGCUGAUGCUUAUUGUUUGUAAUAAAGGAAGUAGCAUUUAA